GAGCAGCUCCGUUCAUUUGGUUGGUAGAGGCGGACGGUGGUGCAUAGCGCGACAGCUGAUUUCGAGGAGUGUUGCGUCGACCGAUCGUUUCUCUGGUCUGUCAGUCGCAGUUCGCACGGCGGAUCGGUUGGCCGCGUCGCGGUUCGAUCUUCUCUCCCAUCGAGCGCGAGAGAGCACCCAUACGCGUUACGUGGGCAGAGAUCGCGGGACUAGUUCGCGGCUAGACAAAGAGAACAAGCGAGAGAGAGAGAAAGAGAGAGGUCCGCGGAUCCCGUCGACGACCCUCGGGAACGAAUGCUGCCCCUUGAUUCCGCGAACGGCUCAUCGAUCGUCGUGAAAACGAAGGCGAGGAUUAAGCAGCGGUCGUAACGAUUUCUGCACGGGGAACCGUACGGACCGCGAGACGUUGCGUUUCUACUUUUGUUGUGCGGGCACCGUGCGAGACCGAUUCCAAUCGAGGACACGGGGGACAUUGUGCGUGCCGUCGUGCCAGCGAGUCCGGGGCGUAUAACCGGAGGAUGUACAGCGUCAUCCUUGGGGCAUGAGUCCGGACGCUGAUAGAUUACCGAAGUCUACGAUCGACCUAUGCAUCAGCAGAUGAUGGCGGAUCUGAAGAAUCUCACUCUGUGCGAUGGAGGAGGGUCCAGGUACAGCGGCGACGAGCAGGUACAGUUUAUACCUGGCGGCAGCCACCAGGUGACAAUUAAAUCGCCGCCGGCUUCGCUCCACCUGGAGAACCUCAACAAUGCGGUCCUCAGCGCGCCGCAGAACAAUCUCCACUGCAACUGCAACGGGAACGCGUCGAACGGCGCCGCGGUCGCGAUGUGCAGCAACAGCAUGCUGGUGAGAAAGGUGCCGAACCAUAGUCCGGGCCAGGACGGCAAGAGGCCGGCUGUCACGCUGUCCCACCUACCGAAGAGGCCACCGGUUGACAUUGAGUUCAAGGAUCUGGAGUACAGCGUGUCCGAAGGCAGGAAGAGAGGUUACAAGACGAUCCUGAAAUGCAUCAACGGGAAAUUUCGGUCCGGCGAGCUGACCGCCAUCAUGGGCCCCUCCGGAGCCGGGAAGAGCACCCUGAUGAACGUUCUAGCUGGUUACAAAACCUCUCAUCUGUGCGGCUCCGUUCUGAUCAACGGAAAGGACAGGAACCUGCGACGAUUUCGCAAGAUGUCCUGCUACAUCAUGCAGGACGAUCGUCUGCUGCCUCAUCUGACGGUUCUCGAGGCGAUGACCGUCUCCGCGAACCUGAAGCUGGGCAAAGACAUCGGCGCCAGGGAGAAGAAAGUGGUGAUCGAGGAGAUCAUCGAAACUCUCGGCCUAAACGACGCGAGCAACACGCAAACCCACUGCCUCAGCGGGGGACAGAGGAAGAGGCUGUCGAUCGCGUUGGAACUAGUCAACAAUCCUCCGGUGAUGUUCUUCGACGAGCCGACUUCCGGUCUGGACAGCUCGACUUGUUACCAGUGUCUAAGUUUGCUCAAAUCGUUAAGUAGAGGAGGGAGAACAAUCAUCUGUACAAUCCACCAGCCGAGCGCGCGGCUGUUCGAGAUGUUCGACAACCUGUAUCUAUUGGCCGAAGGGCAGUGUAUAUAUCAAGGGAACGUGGGCGGUCUGGUGCCGUUUUUGUCGUCGAUGGGUCUGGAAUGUCCGAGCUAUCACAACCCGGCGGAUUACGUGAUGGAGGUGGCAUGCGGCGAGCACGGCGAGUGCGUUCAUAAGCUGGUGAUAGCCGUGAACAAUGGGAAGUGCGCGAACUAUCAGCACAAUCAGGCGGCGAUGAACGCGGUGCAGACGUUGCCGAACGACAUCGCGAAGGAAUCGCCCCAGCAAGAAACGAAAUCCGAGACGGCGCUGAUACCGAACGGCGUGCUCAAGCAGCCGAACGGAGGAACCGUGAUCAACAUGCCGAUCUCGUGCACCACCUCUUUGCUGGACAGCGCGGAGAGCAUAGAGCAGACGGUCGGCUUCCCAACGAACAGCUUCACCCAAUUCUGGAUUCUGCUUAAGAGGAUAUUCUUGUCGCAGAUAAGAGACAUGACAUUAACGAGAGUAAGGCUGAUUUCGCACAUAAUCGUUGGGUUCCUCAUCGGCGGGAUUUAUUACGACAUCGGCAACGAGGCCUCGCAAGUGAUGAGCAACGCCGGUUGCGUGUUUUUUACGGUGAUGUUUCUCAUGUUCACGGCCAUGAUGCCUACCAUUCUCACAUUCCCCUCGGAAAUGGUUGUGUUCGUGAGGGAACAUUUAAAUUACUGGUACUCCGUGAAGUCGUACUACCUCGCGAGGACUUUGGCUGAUGUGCCCUUUCAGAUAGUGUACUCUAUAGCAUACGUCGUUAUUGUAUAUUUCAUGACGUCACAGCCAUUGGAGACGAAUAGGUUCAUGAUGUAUUUAACUAUAUGUGUAUUGACAGCGUUAGUGUCUCAAUCCAUCGGUUUAGUCAUAGGUGCAGCGAUGAGCGUCGAGAGCGGAGUGUUCAUCGGUCCGGUGUCGUCGGUGCCGAUCGUCCUGUUCUCCGGUUUCUUCGUCAACUUCGACGCGAUCCCAAAGUACCUGAAGUUCCUCUCGUACGUGAGCUACGUCCGGUACAGCUUCGAAGGGGCGAUGAUCUCGGUGUACGGCUACAAUCGGGCCAAGCUCAAGUGUUCCGACCCCUACUGCCACUUCAAGAGCCCGACGAAGUUCCUCGAGGCGAUGUCGAUGCAGGACGCGGUCUUCUGGGUGGACGCGGUCGCGCUCGCUGGCAUCCUCCUAUUCCUCCGAGUGGCCGCCUACUUCGUGCUCAGGCUGAAGCUGCGAUCUCUCCGCUAAGACGGCCGACGGCUGGUCCCGGAUCGUGCCUCGAUCCGGAUUCCCGGACCCGUGAUCGUCGAGUUCAUUUCGCGCGCGUGCAACGAAAAAAACCGAGCCGGUCCGGCGGCCGCGAAACGGACAUGUUCGCCCCGGCGAGGAUUUUACGCUCGCGUGGACGCGCGAUGGAACUGCAUCGAUGGAGCAAAAACUACUGAACCAGAGACACGCCCCGCGACGUGCACAUAUCGGCGGCAUUUCGUCGGUGUCGCGGUCGCGCGUGUUCCCGCGGCCUGUGUCCGAUCCGAUCCACGUGGAUCGACGGUCGCGUUCCGACGGCAAAGAGAGAGAGACUGAACCCGUGGAGCUGACCUAAAACAGAGAUUUCUCUGGCCAGGAUUGUGCUUGUGGAACGUUGACCUUCGGUGCCGGCCGGCGGCAGGCGCGUAGAUCACUUAGGCAUUUCUAAUAACGUAGAGUACGCAGGAAUUAGACUCGUCACAUCAUCGAUUACAUUGCGUCGACAGGACACGCGCAUCGAACCGGAAGAACGUGAGAAAAUAAACGAAGAGAAAAAAAAACACGAAAAAAAAGAAACGGAAGAAAGAAAGAAAGAAAGAACAAGGGAAAACAUUUCUAGCCAAUUACUACAAACUCGCCAGGAGCCUUAGGCCCAUUCAAGACUCAUGGUCCCUCCAAUGAGCGCGUGUGCAAUCACGCGACGAUAUAGACUUUUUCGAUUAGAUAAGCAAUAGAGUUUACGGAUCCAUGGUUAGGAUGGAUUCUUUAUUGUUCUCGUGUUUACAUCGACCGCCACCAUUCAUUUUAGGCUAUACGGAACGACCCGCGGGCCGUCGCUGCGACGAACAGCGAGAGAAAAAAAACAAAAUCAUUGUCAGAAUCGUCGAGCGGUGUUUACGGUGUUCGCCGCGCGUCCCAGCGGCACGGCCCGCGCGUAUUUGUACUUCGGGGAUGAUUUCUUACGCGACCACUGUCGAAACUUUGCCCAUAUCGUCAUUCCAUUAAGUGAUAAUCCGAUCGGGAGUAACGUCGAACCUGCAACACGGGGAAUGGUAAGAGCGUGACAGCGUCGAAGAACAGAGACGGAGGAAAGAUCGAGAACGGAGCUGGGUAAUAUUUUGCAGAGAAAAUAUUUGAAAUACUAAUUUUCAAACGAUUCGAAAUACGUGAAACGGUGCGUCGAAUUUCAGUAGAUAAGAUAUUUCGUUUCGACGAUGCGAGAAACGCGAGAUAAAAUGGUUUUUUAUUUUGGUGAUCCAAAGUCGAAAACGCGAAAAUGAAGAAAUUUAUAUCGACAUCGUCUGAAAAAAAAAUAUACAAUAAAAUAGUUUUCAUUUUAAUAAA